UCAUGGUCUCUCUCUCGUCGGACUUUCUGAGCGUGGUCUCUCUCUCUCUCCCUUGUUCUGAUCUCGAUUAAAUCGGAAAUUUCACCGAUUCCGCCGGAAAUUGAAGUGCGAAAUUAUUGAUAUCGACUAGGAUCGCAUUAUCUCUUCACUCUACGUCAUCAGAUUCGGAGUAAAGUGUAUUUUACUUCGUUUUCUCGGGCGUAUGAUCUCCUAGGGUUUGAUCUCCAUCUUUCUCUCUCUGUCUAUCCAAUUUUUAUUCUCUUACAGCGAUUUGCAAGAUUGUAUGGUUUUUCUGCAUCAUCAUAAGUUUUGGCAUUCGGUUGACUGUUAACCUUACCUACAAUUUUCAUUGAAGAACUCAGCGUUCCAAACUGGCGAUGUCUAUGAAACUUGGAAACGAUCCAAUCCUUGCCCCUCUUGUUAUACUACUUCUAUUUGGAAAAUGAGAUGGGAAGAAAUUUUGAAGGUGAUUUUUCCGUUGCUGGAAGGUGUGGACCUUGCUUCCUGCAUGUUAGUGUGCAAGCAGUGGAGAGACAUAGCUCGAGAUGAUUUCUUUUGGAAAUGUUUGUGCGCCAAGAAGUGGCCUUCAACCUGCAAAAAUCCCGAUCCUCCGACCAAUACCUACUAUAAAUUAUAUCAAAACUUUUACAAACGUCCCAAUAAUCGACGUCUUCUCCCUCCUCGACUUUCCUUUGAUGAUCUAGAGUUUUUUAUUGACAUUUGGAGUGAAGACAGAUUAAUCUUCUCAGAAGUAGUUGCAGGUCAAGUCCUCCAGAGUGGUAUGAAGCCACCACCUGGUACUAGUAAUGUGAUUAAUUAUCACCUAGAAGCCCCAGAGUUCAAGAUGACACUACCUGUUCAGCCAAGGUUCUCAAUUCCUAUAUCCCAUACUGUGAGCGUAUCCGUGCUCGUAGGACGCAAGGAUUCCAAUAAAGUUGCUUGUAUAGUCAACAAAUCUGUAUUUGAUUACAUUGAUCGAACAUCAUACAGGACAUUGGCUUUUGACUACCUUGAUUUUUCACCUCUCUACCCAUUUGUCUCCGGAAUCCGAGCAUGGAUCUCAUUGCUUUUCUUGGACGAUGGAAAUGAUGGCAUAAUUGAUGUUUUUGGAAUUGUAAUGGAUUUCUGUGAUGCUGCAAACACAAAGGAUGAGGUAUUAUGGCUUUUGGACUUGCUUGAUUGGAAAUGAAGGGUUACAUUUUCUGGGAAAGAACAUUCAAAAAGAGUUGGGGCCACAUGGUGGUCACCAAGUAUGAAACUCUCACAUCGUUGCUGAAACCGUCGCCCUGAUUUUUCUGGUAUCAAUUAUUACCUUACUUGUUUAUUGUCACUGUACAUAAUUUUUCAACUCCUUUCAUCAAUAAAUAUGAAUGAUUUUCUUUUCAUGAA